GGAAUAACUAAGUUGACAAGAAGCGGAUUACUGCUGAGGGACAUAGCUUCUUCGGUAGUGAAUAUGCCACUGCAGAUUUGAGACGAGGUUUUAUCACAAACGAAAUAGCUGUUCAAAGGUGUGACCUGAGCUGUAAGAUCUGGCGCUGGACGGAUCGACGUCUAGAUCUCGAUUUACUUCAGACACCUCCUGCACACCUCAGCUUUCAGUAGCCACGGAUGUACUGCGGGAGUUUCAGUAUUCACCGAUGGUGCGUGUUCAAUAGACGUUGGUAAAAGGAGCACAUCCCGCAAAUGAAACGUCUCUGUGAAUCGAAAAAUGAGGAUAACCACUGAUGCAUUCUGAUGGGGCAGAUGAACGUGUUGAUCCUAACGGUUCCGUGAUGAAGAGGAUGUUGAUCAAAGAUUACCUUGAUUGAGACGCUGCUUGUUCACCCACCUGCUACCCAGAUGGUACAAAUGUCUUUGGAAAUUGGUUGAUUUGAAAUAUUUGUAAGUUUUUAAUGACUUGACAAUGCCUGCCAGAGAAAAUCCAAGUUACAGCAGUUCUCGUGUCCAGCGGGCUUACCGCAUCAACAACAUCGAGCAGAGCCGUCUCCAUGGGAAACUCUAUCUCCUGGAGAAGCAGAAGGUCCACCAGGUGAGGCUGACCAAUCAGGACAUCAGGAUGGUGUCCGUGUCUUUGGACUACAUCCAGAGUUCCAGUGGGAAGAGUCCGGAAGGAAUGUCCCCCGAGAAGGAGAAACUGAAAUCCGAGUCCGAGGACGAGUCUGAGGACGAGGACAAUGAGCCCUGCUUUAUGUACGGAGAAAGGAUCGUCAGUAGACGGGCUAGAAGGUUCAAAAGACCUCAGUCGGCGAUGGACAGGAGUAGUAAUCGUAGAGAAAGUGUGUCGUCUGUUGUGUCUGAUUCCCUGACGUCACUUCCGCCCCGACCGCAAAGCAGUCCCUCACGUCGACUUCCGGCACUGACGUUGCAGCUUUCAAGCUGGGACGAUUCGGACAGACAUUCGGAUUCUGGUUCCGAAAGAACUGAUAUUUCUGGCCGCGCUACUCCCAAGUAUGAAUGGGAAAGAGAUACAUCUGACAUUACUAAAAAGAUUCUUCGAGCGCAAGCGGCGAAAAGAAGGGAUCCUCGUCGAGCCCUCCCCCAAGCUAUUCGUAGACAUAGCGCCUUUAACGACAUGCCUUCCUCCACAGUUUCUCUCUCCCCAGCUCCGUCGCGAUCCCCAUCACCGAAUCUCUACCCUCCACGUCGUUCAUCUGCGUCACCGUCACCGGGACGAAAUGCCGGACUGUCGGAGAUCCUUAACCAAAGGCGUCCAACGAUGUCCGCAGUCGAUUGGCGAAACCAUCUGACUAGAACUCAAAAGUCGCCUAUGUCUAUAACGGCGGCUAGACAGAUGGCUAGAGACGAUAAGAUGAGGGAGAAUGAAACCGCCCGCAGCAGGGUACAAGUUAGAGUGCAGAGUUUCAUGAAAGAUUACCCAGUACGGAGAUCCAACGCUGCCUCGUAACCCUGCCUACGACAACGUAAACGACGUAAGUUGUUUUGGACAUUUAGGAAGUGCUCAAGGAACAUUGGCGGAACGUGACUGUGAUGUUUAUACGUACAACUUCAAGGGACAUAGUAACUGCCACCCUCGAUAAAGCAGUGUAUCGUGACGCAUAUCUAUAAUGAUAUAUACCCUGGACCCGUCGUUUCUUUAGAAAUUGACACGCCAUCUAUCUUAUUAUCUUUGCAUAAAAUUCCCCUCUUUCAAUGAAAUUGUUUAAUUUGAUAUUUUGUAAUUCAGAACAAAUGUGAAGUGUGUUAGUCAACUGGUUUAAGCUCUUGCUCGUAAUGGCAAAGUCCCGGGUUCAAUUCCCACAUGGAUAUAAUGUUUGAAGCCCGUGUCCCCGAUCGUCAUAUUGCUGGAAUAUUGCUAAAAUCGGCAUAAACCAAUCCUCUCCCAUUCAGAAAAAAAACCUGUUAAUCGGUCCAGGGUGUUUAUCAGAAUAGAACGAAGAUGGAAUACCCUAGAUGAUCGAUUAGGAAUUGUUGUGAGACCUCGUGCUUCCAAUUUCUUCCAUCCGUGAGCAGAUUGAAAGUUGUAUACUACGACGUCCCGUGGUGUCUUUCUGGUACGCUCUUUACAGUGGAUCAUUUCCAUGGAAACAGUACCCUUAGAGGACAGACAUACGCCACUUGAUAUCAUGUGCAGGUAUAUAUUGUUCAAGUUAUGGCGGUUCCUGGUUAUUCUGGAAAUGGCUCAUCAAAUUUUAGGCUAUGUCCAUCAAUUUAAUAACCAUUGCAACCUCUUUUAACUAGUAAUCAAAAUAUUUGACGAGUUUUUGUCGACUUGUCAGCGAUUAGUACAGACGGAUGUAGUGCUACUGAAGAUUUGCAGAGACUAUAACGUUACAUUUAAUCAAAAUGUAAACAUGGAAACUGUUGUGAACAAACGUUGGAGUGUUGUUUAUAAAGUGGAUUUAAAGAGGAGUUUUAAGAAAUUUCUGGACGAACCCGUGCCGGAGUUUAGCACUUAUGGUGAAAUAAAUAUAUUACAAGUGAUCACCUGGCAUUUGAAUGGUUGACAAAUUAUGUUUGCGUUCAUGUUUCCAUAGAACCGAAACCAGUACACGUAUUGCUCUCUGAUAUUGAAUUGUAAACGUAACAGCUGUUGAAAAUAAGUUUAUUACUCUUGCUUGUAUGUACAUUUUCACCCGUUGAAAGAAGAAUUAUUACUAUUAAUUAAGCAUUAAUGUUUAAUAAUAGUGUCUACAAGUGACAUGCUACAUAUCGACAGUUGUACGAAUCCUUUCACUGUCAACAGAGAGCUUGAGGUCUUUUUCCGCAAAUAGGGGCGGUGGAGUAGCCUAGUGGUUAAAGCGUUGGCUCGUCACGCCGAAGACCCGGGUUCGAUUCCCCACAUGGGCACAAUGUG